AAUCAUUCCAAUUUGGAACGGAAACAUCACUCAGCAGAGGAAAUCACUAGUAAAGUGUUUAAUCAAUCAAAACAAUCUUACUCGACAUACCCCAACGAAUUUGCAAAUAAAAAACAUAUACUGAAUAAUAAUAAGAUGACUAAACUGCAGCAUCUGAGACCUCUUCUUUUAAGAACUUCAGCACAAUUUCACUACAAGAACAGAUUAAUGUCAAGAAUGUCCCCAGAUCAAGAAAGUAGGGAUAAAAGCUCAAUACCUCGAGAUAAAAAGAAAACAGAGCGCCCAAUGUACACCCCAGAAUCACCUACCAGCCUUGAGGACAUCGUCGAACCUACAAAUUGUUGUAUGUCUGGCUGUGCCAAUUGCGUAUGGAUCGAGUAUGCAGAAAAAUUGAGUGAAUUUUUGAAAGACAGCCCUGGUGAUAUUCAAAAGCUGAUCAUGGACAAGAUUCAAGAUCCCAACAUGAGAGCUUUUUUGUCUAUGGAACUUAGACUCAGAAAAAUCAUAGAGUAGUCAUUUAAGAAUUCAUGACGGAGGAGCAUUGCAUCAACGUCAGAUGAACG